CGGAUGGGGUGACCAUUAGUUGUCCGGAACUGGUGACGAGUGGACACGUUUGUUAAAGAGUGGAGUGAUUUAGUUGAAGUUAAGGAACUGUGAAACAACAUCAUGAAACUAAUUGUUCUGGCUUUGUUGGCCUGUGGCCAGCUCGCCCUGUCCAGCCCGGUGGGAAAAAGUUCCUCCACUGCCGCUGGCUCGCUGUCCGAGGACACCGAAGUAUUGAUCGAGUUCGAUCGUCUGUUCAACAAGCUGCACUACGACAUCGACUACAAGCUGCGAAUCUACCGAAUGCAGCACUCGGUACGAUUGAAGAAUUUGAAUGCUCAGUUCAUCUCGCGUUACGCCUUUGCCAUCACCGACAUCCAGCAUAUGAAACAGCACGCCAAGGAGGAAAUUUUGGAGCAUGCCCUGCAGAUCGGUGACACGCAGAAUCCGUGCAUCGUUGCGGCGAACGAUGAAGCGAUCCGGCGGGCAACGCAAGCGGCACGGGAUCUGAGCAUAGUUUCGGAAAAGAUCUACGGUGAAAUGGCGACCGUGUCCCGUGUGAUGUUCUAUCCGAUCGUGGAUCAGAUUCAGGUUAAUUCGACCUUCUUCCAGUAUGCGGUACUGGAUAAAUUAGGACGGGAUAAUGCGCUGAUUCACAUUCAGGAAACGCUGGCGGAUUUAGCGUUUCUCUAUAUGCAAAAUGCGGACGCUGUGGACCGGGUGGUUGCUACGCUGGACCACGAGGUGGAAGCGUUCCAGGAUGUGGUCAACGAGCUUCGCCGUGGCAUAUGGCCGCAGAUCGAUGAGAUCGCUCGGAGCUAUAUCUUCAAUAUGGAACAGCUGAUUGAGGAGGCGUUACAGUGCGCGUAGACGCAGACGACUGUAAUCUUGGUUGAUAUGCUAAUAAAAGAUAUAGAUAUUUUCAACCUGCGCAAACACUAUUUGCAAAGUUAA